AGAUAUAUUCUGAAAAGGCACACAAACAGUUAAAAAAAAAUAAACUGAUCAAAAAUACAUCUCUGUGAAGAAUCUUUAUCGAUUUCUCGAGAAAAUGUACUCGAGAACAGUUGGACGAACGGAAUACGAAUAAAUAAGACAAUCAUCUAAGCAAAAAUUAUUCAAAGGUGCUCGCUAGUUGACCAUCGAUCUCAUUUUUCAAAGAAACUUUGUUCGAAGAAAUAGAAGGCACCAUAAUUCUUGUCAUAAAAUCGUGAGAUGGAAAGUGCAACUAUACCAAGCACGCUGAUGGAACUGAAAAUACGAAGACAAACGCAAUUUCAAUCGCAAAUAUCGACUUUAGAUACUAGAAGAAAACAAGCAGUUUGUGUUAGAAGAGCCUUUAAGAAAUAUGGAUCCAAGAACAAUCCUAAUAUAAUUUUGGACGGGCUUAACAUGACUGUGCCGAAAGGCACUAUUUAUGGAUUACUUGGUGCGAGUGGUUGCGGAAAGACCACUUUAUUAUCAUGUAUCGUCGGCCGCAGACGCUUGAAUUCUGGCGAAAUCUGGGUCCUGGGAGGCCGACCAGGAUCUAAGGGGUCCGGUGUGCCCGGUCCUCGAGUCGGCUAUAUGCCACAGGAGACUGCGCUUUAUGGCGAAUUCUCCAUUCGAGAAACAUUUAUCUAUUUUGGUUGGUGUGCUGGUAUGACGACUGAUCAAGUGGACGAUAAGCUAGAAUUUUUAAUUAAGCUUUUGCAAUUACCGUCGAGCAACCGUUUUGUGAAAAAUCUGUCUGGUGGUCAGCAAAGAAGAGUAUCCUUCGCGGCUGCCCUUUUAGCCGAUCCUGAACUCUUGAUCUUGGAUGAACCGACAGUUGGAGUGGAUCCUGUUCUCCGGCAAAGUAUCUGGGACCACUUAGUGCAUAUCACUAAAGAUGGUAACAAGACUAUUAUUAUCACCACGCAUUACAUCGAAGAGACCAGACAAGCUGGCAUAAUCGGCUUAAUGAGAAGCGGUAAAUUUUUGGCAGAGGAAUCGCCAACGAAGCUAAUGGAAAUGCACCGAUUGGAUACUUUGGAAGAUAUUUUCCUGAAAUUGAGUAAAAAACAAAAUUUAGGAUUAAGGAGAAGAAGCAGUAUUUUGAGCAAUUUAACAGGUGUUCCGCCGGAAAAUAAUGUAGAUGACGAAAUGAGUGGCGAAUUCGGCGACAACGUGAGCGUGUGUAGUCGAAGAAAAAGUGUAGUCAUUGCAGAUGACAAUUUGGGAGGAUUGCCACCGGAAGAAAAAGGUUCCUCUAAGUUUACCAUGCUUAAUCCGAUGCAUAUGAAAGCCCUUAUCUGGAAGAAUUUUUUGUGGAUGUGGCGAAAUGUCGGAAUAAUGUUGUUCAUCAUUGCUCUACCAGUUGCUCAGAUAAUCAUCUUCUGUCUUACCAUCGGUAAGGAUCCCGUAGGUCUAAAAAUAGCCAUCGUUAACAAUGAACUCAACAACAGCACGCAACCUUGUAUUCCCACAAUCGGAUGUGAUUGGUCACUAGUGAGUUGUCGUUAUCUUCAGCAUUUGCAGAAGAAGACUAUAAACUUGUUACCUUACGAUAACGAUGAAGAAGCCAGAAAUGCAGUGAAAAAAGGUUGGGCAUGGGGUUCCAUAAUGUUCCCAUCAAAUUAUUCCGAUGCUCUCAUGGCGAGGAUAGAUUACGGUAGAAAUGCUGAAAAUUGGGAUGUCGAAUUUGCAGAAAUGAAAGUCGUCCUAGACAUGUCCAAUCAACAGAUAGGACAAUUGCUACAAAGAGAUCUGAUUUAUGCCUUUCAAGACUUUGCAAAGGAACUUACUGUGGCUUGCAACUACAGCGCAAAGUUGACAAGCAUACCUAUAAAUUUCAAAAAACCAGUCUAUGGACCUUUGGAUCCUAUCUUUACGGAUUUCACAGCUCCUGGAGUGAUCCUAACAAUCAUCUUCUUUCUUUCGGUUGCAUUGACAUCGGGUUCCAUGUUGCUAGAAAGAAAUGAGGGUCUGCUAGAAAGAACUCUUGUAUCAGGUCUCACUGGCACUGAGAUUCUCUUCGGUCAAGUGAUCACGCAGUUCAUAGUAGUGUUAGGACAGACCAUAAUGGUUCUCAUAGUUUCAUUCGCUAUUUUCAAGAUCACUUGCGUAGGCAACAUAGGUUGGAUUACUACUUUGACAGUCCUCACGGGUAUCUGUGGCAUGUGUUUUGGAUUUUUCAUCGCCUGUUUCUGCAAUCACGAAAGAACUGCUACAUAUGUGGCCAUGGGCUGCUUUCUUCCAAUUGUGAUGUUGUGCGGCAUCAUUUGGCCUACAGAAGGCAUACACCCUGUUCUAAAGUAUAUUAGUUUUCUGUUACCUCUGACAAAAAGCACAGAAUCGAUGAGAUCGAUGCUAACGAGAGGUUGGUCGAUAUCGGAACCUACAAUAUAUUAUGGCUUUAUCUCUACUCUUAUUUGGAUUAGUAUCUUGAUGAGCUUGUCAAUACUGCUGCUUAAGUUUAAAAAGGGUUAA